UGAGUUGUAUCCGGAUUUAAGAAUCGUGACUUUACUUUCUCUCUCUAAACACACACACUCUCUCUUUCUCUCUCUAAAAACCUACGCGAAACCCUCAGCAUACUUUUCACUCCAACAAACACAAGAUCUAACCCUGAUACAAUAUCCAUGGAGGAACAAGAGAAGGGUUUGUCUGGAGUAUCAGAAACCACAGUGACUCACGAGGAGAAAGUGAGGGUUGAAACCCUAGAAGGGUCUGUGGAUUGUCGGGGUGUAGUUCUGAUGGAGGGUUCAUUCACUGCAGACUUGGUUGGGGAGGGUGGGGCUUGUAAUGGGAAGGAAGUAAUGGUGGAGGUUUUGGGGUCUGAUUUGUACAUAGAUGGUGAUUGCACUCAUGAGAAUGGUGAUGAGUUGAGUGGUGGUGGAUCAAUUGAUGGCGGGGAAGGUUUGGUUAAGGACGUGGGGUCUGGAGGGGUAGGCGGUGGGGACUCUCGGUGUUUGGAAUCCGAAGAAGAUAGGAGUGAGAAUGUAGGAAUGGAGUUGGAUAGUGUGGUGUUGGGGAGGGAAGAGAGGGAUGAAGCAGUAGUUGGAAGUGGAGAAGUUGAUGCUCCAUCUUUACUGGAGGAGUCUGUUUUGGAUAGUAGAGCUCAGAAAGAAGUGGGGACUGAGGUUAGCAAUGUUGAAGAUCCUAGUGUGGUGGACGUUGAGGUUGAGUGCACAAAUGCACCAGAUGCCGAGGCCUCAGAUCACGAGGUGAAUAAUGCUUUAGGAUGCCUGUUAGUAGGAGAGAAUGUACAAGUUAGUUCAGAUACAGGGCAGGGAGUUGAUAAGGAUUCAACAAUAGAAGAAGAAUUAAACAAGAAUGUUUCUGAUGCUGAAAAAUGUGGUUUGCAUAAGGGGAUAGAAGUAGAAGCUGGAGGUCAACCAGAAGCAGAAAGUACUAAAACAACGAACCACACUUCAGAGAUUGAAGGAGAAGACACUCAAAUUGAUGACCAGGAUAACCUUGCACUGAUGGACGCUGGACAUGAAGAAAUCUAUGAUGAGUCUAAUAUUAGGCCAAAUGUUGAAGUACAAACUGGCAUUUCUGAGCAGGUUGGUUCAAAUGGAGGUCAGGAAUUUGAAGUUGAAGUUGAAGAAUUUAUUGAAGCUGAACAGAGAAAAGUAGAGGGAAGAGUCACGAGACGUUCAUCAUUAAUGAAGUCAAUGUGUUUGGAAUCAUUGCAUAAUGCAAGAUAUUUGCUACCGAUAGAAAAGGAAGGUGAGUUUUCUGUGUCUGAUAUGGUUUGGGGAAAGGUGAGAAGCCACCCAUGGUGGCCUGGACAGAUAUUUGAUCCCUCAGAUUCAUCUGAGAAGGCAAUGAAGCAUUAUAAAAAGGACUGCCAUUUGGUAGCAUAUUUUGGGGAUAGAACAUUUGCAUGGAAUGAAGAAUCCCAGCUAAAACCUUUUAGGACACAUUUCUCCUCCAUUGAAAAGCAGAGCACUUCAGAAUCAUUUCAGAAUGCUGUAGAUUGUGCUGUGGAUGAAGUCACAAGACGAGCCGAAUAUGGGCUGGCAUGUUCUUGUAUACCUAAAGAUACCUAUGACUCAAUUAAAUUCCAGACGGUAGAAAACACUGGGAUUCGAUCAGAACUAAGUGCCAGACAUGGGGUGGAUGAAUCUCUAAAUGCCAGCUCUUUUUCACCUGGUAAUCUUGUAGAAUACUUGAAAACACUGUCUGCAUUGCCAACUGGUGGGUUUGAUCGUUUAGAGCUUGAGAUUGCUAAGGCUCAACUGCUUUCAUUCUAUCGCUUUAAAGGUUACUCGUGCUUGCCAGAAUUACAAUAUUGUGGAGGUUUUGAUGAUGACAUGGACUCCUUAGUUCAUGAUGAUGAGAAUAAUCAUGCAGCGCCUGUAAGCAAGAAUGAUGGUCAAGCUGGUUCUGGAAAUUUAAAAAACCAAAGCAGCUCUCACCGUAAACGGAAACAUAAUUUGAAGGAUAUUAUGCAUGAAACAAAGAAGGAAAGAAGCUUGUCAGAACUAAUGGGUGGGACUCCAGACUCUCCUGAUGGUGAUUAUUGGUCUGAGGAGAAGGUAAUUGAUAAUCUGGUUUCACCUGGCCGUUCCAAGAAAAGGAGGACUGUUGAUCACUAUGCUGAUGACUUUGGGAAGCCAGAUGGAAGAAAAACAAUUUCUGUUGCAAAAGUUUCUAAUACCACAAAGCCGUCAUUUUUAAUUGGUGACCGUAUUCGUAGGGUUGCUAGUAAACUUACUGGUUCACCCUCUACGGUGAAGAGUUCUGGUGACCGGUCUCAAAAGACAGAUGGAAGCACUGAUGGUUUUUCUGGGAAUGGAACUGAUUUUUCUUUUGAGGAGGCUCAGAGGUCAAGUAUGGCUGCUCCAACAGAGUAUUCAUCUCUGGACAAUUUGCUAUCUUCACUUCAUUUGGUGGCACAAGAACCCCUUGGAGAUUACAACUUCCUGAAUCCUAUUGUAAGCUUCUUCUCUGAUUUCAGGAAUUCGAUAGUUGUGGCUGAUGAUUCUGUAAAAGGUAUCUUUUGUAAAGAAAAAGUUGGUACUAAAAGGAAGAAAGUGCCCCCAGCUGGAUUGCCUGAAUCAUUUGAAUUUGAUGAUAUGAGUGACACAUAUUGGACAGACAGGGUCAUUGACGAUGGCAGUGAAGUGAAACCAGUGCAACUGUCACAACCAUCACAACCAGCACGGAGAAACAGGAAAAAAGACCAUCAACUUGUUCCUGCUGAGCCAGGGAAGCCUGUUCAAGUUAGUCAUAGGCCAUAUUCCAAGAAACACUAUUCUAACAACAAUCAUAUUGAGGCUCCUGCAAAACCUCCUGGUUAUAUAGAUGAGAAUGCCCCUGCUGAACUUGUUAUGAACUUUGCUGAGUUGGGUUCUGUUCCCUCAGAAACAAACCUAAACAAAAUGUUUAGGCAUUUUGGACCUCUAAAGGAAGCAGAGACAGAAGUUGAUACAGUAAGCAGCCGGGCAAGAGUGGUUUUUAAAAAGUGUGUUGAUGCAGAGGUUGCUUGUAGUAGUGCUCAAAAGUUCAACAUAUUUGGUUCAAUACUUGUAAAUUACCAGCUUAAUUAUACUCCUAGUGCAUUGUUCAAAGCUUCGUCUGUUGCCACAACACAGGACCAGGAGAUGCAUCUUGAUCUCUCCAAUUUUGAAGUUCAUAUGAUUGGGAGUGUUGAUGAUGAUGUGGCGGCUAAGUUUGGCUGAAUGAAUUGCUGAAGCAAAAUUUUACCUAGUGGCUGCUGAAGUAGGUAGGUAACCAGAAUGUUAAUUCAUCUGGUCGUCCAUUUUUCUGUUAAGAGAUAUUUUUUGUUGUAGGAUUCCUUUAGUUAUAGUUCAGUAGUUUUGUAAUUCAUUUUCUAGUUUUCUGUAUAGCUUUGUCAACUGACCCUCUUUUGUAGUUGCCAUCAUUCUCCAUCCCGAUCGUUUCAAAUUCUCUACUCUGAACCCUGGUUCUGUAUCAAUAUCAAUAGUCAUUCGACAAUUAUAGUUAACCUUCCGAGGGAUGGAAGUUGAUGCUAGUCGUAUUGGUUAUAUGUGUCACUGUGUUAGUAAUUUUUAAGCGCAUUAGUAUGUUAA